UUCCUGGAAGCAGACGGGAUGUUGGAUGGAGAAGGUGUCGUCUUGCUCUUCAUCAUUGGUGGAGAGGUGCUUCGCAGGCCUCUCAGUGGCUGUAUCACAUCAGGAGACAUGGAAAGAAUCUCAUGGCUCCAAGUCCUCACCCUGGUCCUCUGCAGAGAAAGUCCUCAACGGACAGUAUUGAACGGAGAAAGAAAGAGAUGCCAAAGAUCCCCACCACCCCCACCAGUCCCAUGUCCCCCUCCUUCAGCUCAGCAGGGGUUCCCCUGUCCCCUUGCCUGGCCACUGGAGUAACCAUCAGGGACAAGUGCAUCGAGAUGCUGGUUGCUGCUCUACGCACCUCAGAUAACUUCAAAGAAUUUGAGACAAACUGUGACUCGUUGGCAGCAGAGAUUGAAGAUCAUAUUUACAAGGAGAUGGGAGCCACAGAUAUGAAGUAUAAAAACAGGGUGCGGAGCCGCAUCAGCAACCUGAAGGACCCCAAAAACCCUGGGCUGCGGAGGAACGUCCUGGCUGGAGGCAUCGAGCUGAGACGCUUCGCCAUCAUGUCUGCUGAGGUACUUCUAUCUGAUGAGCUGAAGCAGCUGAGGAACAAUCUGACUAAGGAGGCCAUUAGGGAACACCAGCUGUCCAAAACCAGCGGUACCAUUUCUGAUCUGUUUCAGUGCAGCAAAAAGAACUGCACCUACAACCAGAUGCAGACCCGCAGCGCUGACGAGCCUAUGACCUCUUUUGUUCUUUGUAACGAGUGUGGGAACCGCUGGAAGUUCUGCUGAUGUGGCCCAGCUCCAAUGACGAUGUUGCAGACCACAUUUUUCUAUGAGGGGUUAUAAUGUUUAGCAAUGAGUAAUU